AUGGACGCCUUCAACAAUACCGGCGCCAAACUCUGGGACGACGAUAUCUCCACCGACGUUUCGUCCCUCCUCACAGACGAACAUAGCAUCAACGUCACCACCUCCACGCCUGACGAUUACUGCAAGCGCUUCCACGACACGAACGAUGACCACAACUCCGAGACCACGAGCACAAGCGGCACCAUCUUCUCGCUGGACAACAACUGGGUCAGAGCACGACGAGCUCAGAGACCGUCAUCCUCCAAUCCGCAUGCCACGAUGCAGUCCGCUUUCGACAGCUUCACGAGCUCUCUCGACUUCGAACAAAACACCGUCAGCCCUCAAAUUUCGGAUGGAGGUCUACACGUCAGGUUCACGAGUACGUUCGGAGGCUGGUAG